AUGUGCAGUAAAACACACCGGUUCAUUUACUACCCCGACACCGGCUGGGCUGUGGGGGCCGAGGAGUCUGACUUUGAAGGCUGGGCCUUCCCCUUCCCCGGCGUGACCCUGAUCGAGGACUUCGUGACCCCGGAGGAAGAAGCCGAGAUGGUGCAGCUGAUGGACCGCGACCCCUGGAAGCUGUCCCAGUCUGGGCGGAGGAAGCAGGACUACGGCCCCAAAGUCAAUUUCCGGAAGCAGAAGCUAAAGAUGGCCGGCUUCCGAGGCCUCCCCAGCUUCAGCCGGGAGGUGGUGCGGCGGAUGGGCCUGUACCCCAUCCUGGAGGACUUCCGGCCCGUGGAGCAGUGCAACCUGGACUACUGCCCGGAGCGGGGCUCGGCCAUAGACCCCCACCUGGACGACGCCUGGCUGUGGGGGGAGAGGCUGGUGAGCCUCAACCUGCUGUCCCCCACCGUGCUAUCCAUGUCCCGGGAGGCGCCCGGCAGCCUGCUGCUCUGCCUGGCCCCAUCCGGCUUCCCGGAGGCCCUGGCGGACGGCGCGAUGGCCCCCAGCCGGUCCGUCCCGUGCCAGGAGGUCGAGGUGGCGGUCGCCUUGCCCCGCCGCUCCCUGGUGGUGCUCAGGGGAGGCGCGCGGCACCAGUGGAAGCACGCCAUCCACCGGCGAGACGUCAGGGCCCGGCGCGUGGGCGUCACCUUUCGGGAGCUGUCUUCGGAGUUCGGCCCCGGAGGGAAGCAGCAGGAACUGGGGCAGGAACUCCUGCAAAUGGCGCUCUCCUUUCAUGGGAGACCCACCACAUGAGCGCCACCAGGACGGGGAGCUGGCAGCUGGGCCUGGCGGAGGCGCUGGCUCCCGAGCGGACCGUUGGCCAGCAUCGAAGGGGGCGCCCAGCACCAGGGUCUUUCUCAGGUCUUAAGGGGAGACCGCCGGACACACGCCCCGGCACAGCGCAGCUCAAGCCCUGCCCCGGAUGGUUUCACGGUGAGGGGCCUCAGGUCGGUCCCUUUUGACCUGCGCGGUGGCCACUUGUUUGGGUUGUUGGUCACAGUUUGAGGGCAGUGGCCUAAUUUGAGCUUAAAAACGGUUGGUGCUCCUUCA